ACAUCGACAUUAUGAGACAUCAUACUUUUGAACCUUGAGCCGUCGAGUGAACGAGACUGAACAGCUGAUUUCAUCGAAAGAUAAGUUUUAUUGCGGGGGGUGAAGAUGUAAAACUAUGCCCCACCGUCUGUCGUGUACAUCUGAUGCUAUACUGCAUUUUCGGUUGCCUUCCCCUUCAUUAGGUUGUAUAUAUUCACUUGCUAAAGACUGGCGCAUUCAAAUACGGGAAUUCAAUAUCAGAGUCUGUUCCUAGUCAACAUUACAAUAUUAAACUAGUUCUUCAGUCCAUAGACCCAGUGUUUUGCCAGGUCUCCUUUGGACGAUCAUCCAUACAUAUUCAUUACCAGACCAUUGGACAUUCACAUCUUUCAACCAUGCCUGAAAUACUGCGAGUUGGUAUCAUAGGGCUUGGGGAGAUUGCACAGGUACUUUCCAAUUCAAGAUGUCUACAGCGGAAUGCAACUAACCUCUAGCCUCCAAUGUAGGUCUCACAUAUCUCAGUUCUGAACAACCUCUCCGACUUCUAUACUAUCACAUACCUCUGCGAUCCCUCUCCAACUGCUCUUGAGCAUUGCUCCUCAAAAGUGACUGGGAACAAACCCCAAACGACCACCGAUGCAGCACAACUCUGUUCAUCUCCCGAUGUCGAUGUAGUUUUGAUAAGUAGCGCACACGGCUUUCAUCCCUCCCAGGCUAUAUUAGCAUUACACAACGACAAAUACACGUUAGUCGAAAAGCCAUUGGCAUUAUGUUAUCGAGAUAUAGAGCAACUCGAAGAAGCGGAAAAAGGAUCGGCAGGCAAGAUCUUUGUUGGAUACCAAAGACGAUAUGCUCAGGCAUUUGUUGAUGCCGUGUCCGAAAUAGGCGGGCUCGGAAAGAUCCAAUAUGCACGCGUUAGAGACAUUAUUGGACCCAACAGCGCCUUUGUAGGUCAAUCGGCAACAUAUCCUAGGAAAUUCACAGACUUUAAUCAAGAAGAUUCGCAAGCCAUGUCAGCGCUUCUAGAUGAACAGAUUACGCACGCACUAGGAACAGAGUAUGGGGUAGAUGUAACACCAUCAGCUAAGGAAUUCCUAGGGUUCUUUGGAAUGUAAUGCUUCCGCAAAACUUCAGCUUGCAGUAAAACGCCUGCUAAUCUACCUAGUCUCGCUACCCAUGACCUGAGUGCAAUGCGAGAAAUACUCGGGGGUAUGCCUCAAAAAGUCUUGGGGUCGUCUCUCGGCUUACCGUUUUGGACGGUUCUAUUCCAGUACGACGGCUUUGCUGUGACUUAUGAGUCGGGUGUCAAUAACGUCCCAAUUUUCGAUGCUCAUUUAGAAGUGUAUUCGGAAGAUAAGAUCGUUCGGGUCAAUUAUGACACUCCGUAUGUCAAAGGGCUCCCUGUCACAAUGACGAUCAGAGAAAGAAUUGGUGAAUCAGGAUACCAGGAAAGAACUGUGAGGAAAACAUAUGAGGAUCCAUAUACUUUGGAAUUCUUGGAAUUUCAUGAUUGUGUAGUGAAGGGGAAGACUCCCAAGACAAGUGUCGGGGACGCAAAGAAAGACUUGGAUCUUUUCAAAAUGAUUAUACAAUCUUCCAAAAUCUCAUGAUGGAAUAUGGUCACUAAAUUUCGACGUUUUCAACAAGUCAAAGCGCAAUAAGUUAGCCAUUUUUUGCUGAGUAGAGCUGCUCACUAGAAACCGUUUUGUAUCAAAUUUCACUAUUCAUUGAUUCCAGCCGAUCUCUCAAU